AUAAAUUGUUUGAAAUAUUCAAGUACUAUUACCCUUACAGUAUUAGUUUCAAUCUCUGUACUGUGUGAUGCUCUGCCAACAAAGCCGCACGUCUUAGAGAAUCUCCUCCACACUGGCUAGCACUCUGAGUCGUUCGAAGGUGACAUCGCGUUUUAGCAGUAGGAUCACUGGAUCAGGAUCUAGGAUGGGACACGGUUCAUUUAGAAGGAUAAAUAACUCAGUCCACGUCGAGACCUGAUGUGACCGUUCCACAAGCUGCUGGGCAUCCACUCAUUGUCAUAGCUUCAUCAGACGUCUACGUCUCACCAAGAGCGGUUCGCUGCAAUCGUUGGAGUCUUUGCAAAGUUUUAGUGUGAUGGAACUAUGGCCUGACAGAAGCAAUGGCCAAUGCUGAAACAAGUUUCAUAGAAGGCGACAGCGUAUUUGAACAGCCUGGUGAGUCCGGUGGUGACGCCAGGAAUAGCUCCAAUCCAAGCAGUAUACAGGGGCUUAGCAAUUCCGAAGCACUGUCUUUGCUACGCUACCAUCUGAAGAAGGAUGUUCUUGAAUGGCAUCGCGAUGACACUGUUGGGCCAGCAUCAACACGAGCUGGACCUUGGCGUCGGCUUCGAGAGUACUGCCGUGAACUGCAGCUGUAUGGGUGUAGCUUCGGCUUUCUUUUCCUGUCCAUGCUGCUAUUGGCUGUCGGUGCCGGCACAGUGCAGCAUUAUCAGGUUGCCGUGAUUGUUCAGGCGGUAGUGGUGGUCGUAUUGACCAUCCUGUCCAUUGUGCACAGCUCACUGAGCUAUCGCUGGAAGAACACUGAGGUGCUCAACAAGGUUACGUCCUUUCUAGAUUGGGUCAAAGGCAUUACAACUGUGGCCGAAUCCAGCUACCCUGGCCUGUCUAACGCCGGCUCGUCGUCCGUGAAGCUGAACGUGGUGGUGCGUGGCCAGCGCCGCUUGCUGCUGCCCACGGCCGUCCUCGUUCCCGGCGACGUGAUUGCCAUGCUGCCGGAGCAGAUUGUGCCGUGCGCAUGCGUUGUGCUCUCGUCCAAGCCACAGCGGAUGUACCUUGAUGCUGGCAACAAAGUGCCUUGGUGUGAAUGGUCCAUUGAGAGUGACCACAGUCCUACUCCUGUUUACCUUCAAGUCCAAGAGUGUAUGGCUGUGCAUUCUCUGCGCAAAGUACUGGUACAAGAUUCACUGCGGCCGUCUCCCCUGGAGCAGCAGGUCUCCACCAUUGCUUUCUUCCUUGGACGCUUUCUCGUGCCGAUCGUUUUCGUGUUGUCAUUGCUGAUGCAAAUGAUCUUCUGGCUUGCCCUGUCCGGUUCGGGCAGUGAUAACGCUGGCCGAGACUGGAGCCUGUCCAUUCUUGUUAUUCCGGUGCACAGCAUACUACCACUACUACCUAUCACGUUUCCAUGGAUGUGGGAGACCAUUGUCAUGUACUUCACAGCGUCCAUGCUCUUGCCUAUCUAUCAGCUCCGACUACCUUCCAAUAUUGCCGGUGAUAGAUGUUCCUGGCAGCACUCUGUAGGACUAUGGCUGAAGUUAUGCCUGGGUGAAGCUCCAGAGUACCUGGCGCGAUCCACGCAUGUCCUCUUCAACAUGGGCCGUAUAACAACACUGUGCUGCAUGGACAAGGUGGGAGUGCUAUCUCUACCCAGCGCCACACCGUCGCACGUCUUCUUCUUCAUGCCAAUAGAGCGCGAACACGAAAGCGGCGAUGCUUCUGGCGGCUUACACACCUCCCCGCCACCUGCACAAGACCGUGUCCAUGAUCAGUCCCAUGCUCUACGCACUAACGAGCACAUGCUCGAGUCUCCUCAAGCCAUUUCGACGGGGCCCUCUGGUGCAGAUUUACCUUCAUCGAAUGUCAUCAUGUCCACGUCGAACAGGUCCAUGACGCUGGACCAGCUCAGCCCGAACGACCUGGUUGAGGCUCGACGGCGUUGUGGAUCCUUACCUGCUAACCUGUCUACCGCUGGUGAUGUAGGGGGCACAGCUACUCCUCUCCUCUGCUCCACACCCGUUGCAGACGACGUUGUACAACCACCAGGAUUGCCCAAAAUCUUAGAGCUUACCUAUAGCGUUGAGAACGAACGCCUGGAGUUUCAUGAUCAGUCAUGUGUUGACGUGCACAAGGACUCACUGACACCACUGGGACUCAAUGUGAUAUUCAACCAUGGCGAUACAGUGGAGGAUCGCGUGGCCGACGAUGCCAGCCUCACAGCACUUCUCACGGACCUCACCUCGUCUCAGCUUGCCGGCAAAGCGUGUGUUUGCAAGUUCGCCUGGGAGGUUGGAUUUGACCCCAACACCUUACAGUACUACCAGACUCAGCGGCGCAUUGUAGCAACUGCCACUCGGGAAGCACCAUCUCUGCCCACAGCUCCAACAGCUAUGUUCCGCAGUGCCUCUGUCUUGUCUUCAACACUAACACCACCUACGCAGCAUCUUUCCAGCACCCUGGUGGCCACAGGAAACACUCUACAACUGAUGACCGAAGGCUCUGGUGAUCUGGUACUGGAGGCGUGCACAGACUACUUCACGGGCACGGACAUCUGUCCCCUCAAUGCUGAACAAAGGAAGAGCAUCCAGGAUUUCAAUGCCUGCCACUCUUCUCAAAGCCAUUGCGUGGCGUUCUCCUAUCGUCCCUUGCCCAAGCAGAUGUACAGCUGUGCACGAAAGAGGAGCAAAACUACAUUUAUGCACUUGUCAAACAACCAGAUGCUGGCACCGCAGAUGGGAGAUGCUUUAUCUGCCUACAGCGUGGCAACAACUGCCAGCGGUAGCUUCUUUGACGAGCCAUCGUCCGAGAGCAGUUCCAGUUGUCCACCCACGGUGGCUGCUUAUCAACGUGUUCUCUCGGAACAGAUCUUCAUGGGCAUGUUAGCGCUGCGGUAUUUGCCCAAGGAC